UUUGCUAAGAGCGGUUCAUUAGUUUGUUCAACGAAAUUGUGCCUAUUAUAUUAAAUUGAAACGGUUUUAAAAUGAUUUUACGAGUAAUCUUUAUCAUUUCGUUGGUCAUUAUUUGUUCACUGUUGCAUACAAAUGCUGAUGGAAUGAUUGAGGUCUUCAAAUGGAAACAAAUGGAUUAUUAUAAUCGUGGCAAUAAUCCGAUGACAGCAGGACCAAUUAUUAGUAACCCACCAUCGGGUAAGACACCAAAAUCAGGAAUUAUAUAUUUCCCGGGUCAGUAUCAUGGAGCGAGAAGUAGACGUCAAGCUAAUAAUAACGCGUCCUAUAUACCAUAUAACAAUGUACCCAUGGGAGCUACACAUUAUAAAGGACGUUUAUUUGUAACUAUGCCAAGACGAAGAGUUGGCAUACCAUCGACCUUGAAUUAUAUUGACUUGAACAAAGAUGGGGCACAAGAAAGUCCAAAACUAAUAGCGUAUCCCGAUUUUGAAACUAAUCAGUUAACGUCCAACAAUGACCAUUUAGUUUCGGUCUAUCGCACCAGUGUAGACACCUGUGGUCGCUUGUGGUUUAUUGAUACCGGCAUGUUGGAGUAUCCUAAUAAUUUCAUGCAAAUUCAAAGACCAACAAUUUGGGUGAUUGAUUUGCGUACAGAUAAAGUGAUUAGACGUUUCGAAAUACCAGCAUCUGUGGCAGCUGAAGGCCGAGGUUUAGCUAGUAUAACCCCCGAUACUGAUAAAGGAUGCGAUAAAACGUUUGCCUAUAUACCAGACUUGGUUAGCAAUCAACUUUAUGUGUACAGUUUCGAAUUGAAUAAAAUGUGGUCCUUUAAGCAUAAUUAUUUCAAUUUUGAUCCAAUUGCUGGGGAUUUAAACAUUGGUGGUCAGUCUUUCAGCUGGAACGAUGGAAUUUUUUCGGUCAGUUUAGGCCCAAAAGAACGGGAUGGUACACGCAACAUUUUAUUCCAUGCUAUGGCUAGUAAUAAUGAGUUCGUUGUUAAAAAUGAAGUUCUGCAAGACGAAAGAAAUGCCCAACGUGGAAGUCAUGGUCAAGAUUUUCGUCUACUUGGCAGUCGUGGUGAUCAAAAGCAGUCGACAAUGCACGAAUACGAUCCUCGUACUGGUGUAGUGUUUUACGCGGAAAUUCAACGCAAUGGAGUUGGUUGCUGGAAUACACGCAAGCCGUUUACAGCUGCUAAUCACGGUCAGGUGGCACAAAAUGAACAAACCAUGAUAUAUCCAAGCGAUUUGACGAUUGAUGAAGAUGGCAGCUUAUGGAUGAUGACUAAUUCUAUGCCUAUUUUUAUUUAUUCUACUUUGGACACAAACAAGUUUAAUUUCCGCGUUUGGAAACAAAAUACAGCAACGGCUGCUCAAAAUACUGUAUGUGCUUAAGGGGGCUAAAUAAAACAACAACUAGUUUAAUAAAUUUUGUUUUAAGAUGUCUUUUAUUUGUAUAAGUAACUGAAAAAUUAAAAAUACAUUGAAAUUACAUAUUUUUUAAUGCUUAUGCUCUAAUGAAAUAAAAUCAUAUCACGUUUAUAAAA